AUGGAUUUCUCAGCACCUACUCGACCAAUACCCACCACAUCCUCUCUGUUUGCUAGCUCUGCUCCUGCCGCCAAACCUCCCUCUACGGCAAACCCUAGCAAUAUUUCUCAUUCCCUACAGUCACAAGCCUCUAGUUCAGGUGCUUCAGGAUCAUCAUCUGCGAGUUUAAAGCGGACAUCGACAGACCUCACUGAUGGACUAGGCGCGUCUGGAAGCAACACCAUGCCAUCUCUACGAUCUCGAUCAAACAAGGUUGCGAAGAACUCUCAGAAUGGGGUCGAUUUGUCUAAUUCCCCUGGUCAACUGCAAAAUGGGGAGCCGAAAUCUAUCAGCCCUCCUGCUCCUGUAUAUGAUCCCAGAGAUGAUCAAAUCAAAGACCUUCAGACGGAUCUUGCUAAGCUCCAGAAAUGUGCUACUUGUGUGGUCUGCCAGGAUCUACUCUUUGAACCUUACUCAUUAGGGUGUGGACAUGUGUUCUGCUACUCGUGUCUGAGAGAUUGGUUUCGCCAGAAGAGGACUUGUCCGGAGUGCCGAGCUCGUGUUAGGCACCAGCCAGCUCCUGCAUAUCUCAUUCGAGACAUGAUCGACACAUUCGUCCAACGAACUAUACUUCAAUCGCCCCAUGAGGAAGGAGAAACUCUAAAACAGCAGAAGGAAGAGGCUCUCAGGAUGGUUGAAGCAGAUAAGUCUGAUCCACGGGGGCUCUUUGGGGGGAUGUUUGCUCGAAGAUCAGAUCUCCAACCUAUUUAUGAUCCUGCCGAUGGUGUUGCGCGGUGCCCAGACUGUAAUUGGGAAAUUGAAGGUCGGGUAUGCGCUAGCUGUGGACGGCGCUUUCACAACUCUGAAAUGCCAGACGCCGAUAGCGAUGCGAGCGACGCUAGUGAAUUUUCUGAGGAGGAUGAUGAUGAUUCGGAACUAGACGAAGAUGAAGAUAGUGUACAGGGGUCAGACGCAUCGGUCAGAAUGGAUGAUGAUAUGGAUGACGAAGAAGACUAUCACGAUGACAGUGACAUCGACAAUGGAUGGGAACCGGACUACGACCAAGAUCACAGACUAGCCCUCGCACUCCAGGAUUCGUACCAUCAAGAGUUUAUGAGAUACCUUGGAGCUACGCCUAAUUGGGUGGAAGAACAUUUCGGCGCCGACAGAGCACUGGCGGCUAGGGAAGCGGCUAGGAACUAUGUCGAACGAUCCAUGAGCCGUAACCUGUCAAGCCCCGGCCGAUCACUACAACCAAGUUCGCCAUAUAGCAGAGACUCGGAAGAUGAUAGUGAGGAGCAUACCCUUGAUGAAGAUGACAGUGAAAUGGACGAUUUUAUUGUACACGAUACUCCGGACCGCCGACCUCGACGCCAACAACCAGCAGCACCUACAUUGAGACGGCAUGCUCGGAGGAGUGUUGCUGAUCUGUCCGACGAUGAAGACGAGGAUGACGAUGAAGACGACGAACCUGUGUUGAGAAGGGACAGAGCGCGAUAUUUCGAAAGACAUCCCAUCAUCAUUAGUUCUGACAACGAGGACGACGAGGAAGCUGCAGGCUUGAUUAGCGCAGCGGGUUAUGCACAACUCGAUCAUGAUACUACAACUGGAGACGAUGACGACGAUGAGGAUAGCCUGGAUGAGAGCAAUAUUGGUCAGAUUUUAAGACCUGCUGGUCCUCUACGAGCAAACACCAUGCCAGCAACUACUGCAUCCACUAGCACGCGCCGUAACCUAAGGGAACAAGCAGCUAUCGAGCAUCAGCGAAGUGCCACCCCCCCAGUAACCCGGCGACGACGUAGGACAGUCACAUUUCAGGUCCCAGAUGAUGCGGAUGGGGAAAAUGAUAGUGACACUAGAGAUGGAGAGGGAGAUUUAGAUAUGGACAGACAUUCGAGAGCAGGUUCCACCUCGUUAGCCUCCAUCACCUCCAACCGAACUGACGCGUCGACUCAUUCCAAUCGCAGUGGCGGAAAUUCUUUUUCGCAAGAUACACCUUCAGUUAAUGAGGAUGAGUCCUCAGACGACUCUUUGCCGCGACAGCGACGGCGGAGGGCGGGCAACGCCACAUCCUCGUCAAAUCUUAGGCGUGCCACGACAGCUCAUCCAUCUGGUGGGUCACGAAAUAGAACUGCACGUCCAACAAAUAAUGUCGACCCAAUGGUGCACCGACUUUUGCGAACAUUUAACGCCCAGAGGAAUGAAUCUCAGCUAGAGGGGCUUGGUAUGUCAGUGUUGGAAAAUGCAAUUACAUUCACGCCUAGCCCUCGAUCAGCCAGCCACGAUCUUCAAGAACUAAAUGAUCCGAUCGUAAUUUCAAGCAGUCCUGGUCCCACACUUUUCCAAAGGGAUGGACAUCGAGCAAGUCUCAGCUCUCAGACAGCCAGCAGGGAAUCUAGUCAGAAUCCUCUCUCCCCGUCAUCUCAGCAAACUUUGACCCCAUCGCGUGGAGUGAGUGUGCUCUCCAACGAGUCCACUCCCCGUCCUAGUAUCGCAAGCCCCGCAGCUAAUGCGAUGACGGCCGCCCUAUCGAACGCAACAGGCGAGCCUAGCGCUUGGGAAAUGGUGGCUGCUCCGAGCAGUGUUACAUCGAGCACUGCAGCCACUCUCGGGAGCACGCAAAAUGGUCUUUCUAAUAGAGGUAUGAGAACGAGACGAAGCAACGCUGCUCUCCGGGGGCAUGACAUCCAACGGACAGGUACACCUACAGGACGCAAUUCUACCAGGUCGAGCCGUAAUGCCGCGCACGCCCCCGCAGACAGUCGAGAUAUUCAAGGGAGGGCCCGGGACUUUCUCGCCCAGCGUACGAGGGAGGUUCAAGCGGCAAAUGCAAAUGGACAGGCCUCCAACAACAUGAGAGUCACGCGGAACAGCCAGGCUGCGACUACAGCUAUGUCAUUGCAGCAGAGAAUUGCUGCCAACCGUGCAAGAGAUUCCACGACACCCACUCCUGCUUCACAGAACCAACUGACCGGGAAUGAUCCAGCUCCACCCCGUCUAACAAGAACCGAUACUGCAGGCUCUGCGAGCCGUAGAUUAGGGUUUCAGAUUGGACAAGGCAACAAUCCAGGCCCAUUGUUUGUUAUCGAUGAUGACAACCAUUAA